AUGUAUCGAGGGAGGUAUGUGUUUCCUUCUGAAGCUCAAACCAAUUUGUUUAUGGUUUGCGGAGGUCAUAAAGUUAAAGCACUUAGGGAGAGACUAGCUGACAUCGAUGCUGACAGUAAACAAUUCAACUUUGAGGUUCGUGACGAGGAGAAAGCUUCUAAGACUAUGGUCAGGGAGCAAACUACCUCCUCUGAACCUGAAAUUAUAGUUGGAAGAGAAGGUGAUAAAGUGAUCUCUCAGAACUUUUCUGCUGAAUUCCAACUAUGA